ACCCCCUCCAGGCGUCCGUCCGUCCGCGUCGCCCCGGCCCCGGCCCCGGCCCCGGCCCCGGGGCGCUCAGGAUGACGGCGGCCGCCGCCUCCAACUGGGGGCUGGUCACGAACGUGGUGAACAGCAUCGUGGGGGUCAGCGUCCUCACCAUGCCCUUCUGCUUCAAGCAGUGUGGCAUCGUCCUGGGCGCCCUGCUCUUGGUCUUCUGCUCCUGGAUGACACACCAGUCCUGCAUGUUCUUGGUGAAGUCGGCCAGCUUGAGCAAACGGAGGACCUACGCCGGCCUGGCAUUCCAUGCCUACGGAAAAGCCGGGAAGACGCUGGUGGAGACCAGCAUGAUCGGGCUGAUGCUGGGAACCUGCAUCACCUUCUACGUUGUGAUCGGAGACUUGGGGUCCAGCUUCUUUGCUCGGCUCCUGGGAUGUCAGGUGACGGGCACCUUCCGCAUGCUGCUCCUCUUCGCGGUGUCCCUGUGUAUCGUGCUGCCCCUCAGCCUGCAGAGGAACAUGGUGUCCUCCCUCCAGUCCUUCAGUGCCAUGGCCCUCAUCUUCUACACGGUCUUCAUGUUCGUGAUCGUGCUGUCCUCCUUCAAGCACGGCCUCUUUGGCGGGCAGUGGCUGCGGCGGGUGAGCUACGUGCGCUGGGAGGGCGUCUUCCGCUGCAUCCCCAUCUUCGGCAUGUCCUUCGCCUGCCAGUCCCAGGUCCUGCCGACCUAUGACAGCCUGGAUGAGCCGUCAGUGAAGACCAUGAGCUCCAUAUUUGCUUCCUCCCUCAACGUGGUUACCACCUUCUACAUCAUGGUGGGGUUCUUCGGUUACGUCAGCUUCACAGAGGCCACUGCAGGCAACGUGCUGAUGCACUUCCCCUCCAACCUGGUGACAGAGAUGAUCCGCGUGGGCUUCGUGAUGUCGGUGGCCGUGGGCUUCCCCAUGAUGAUCCUGCCCUGCAGACAGGCCUUGAACACACUGCUUUUUGAGCAGCAGCAGAAGGACGGCACCUUCGCGGCUGGUGGCUACAUGCCCCCUCUUCGGUUUAAGGCGCUCACCCUCUCGGUGGUGUUUGGAACCAUGGUUGGUGGCAUCAUGAUCCCCAAUGUGGAGACCAUCCUGGGGCUCACGGGGGCCACCAUGGGGAGCCUCAUCUGCUUCAUCUGCCCGGCGCUCAUCUACCGGAAGGCCCAGAAGAACGCCGUGUCUGCCCAGGUGGUGCUGUGGGUCGGCCUGGGCGUCCUGGUGGUCAGCACGCUCACCACCCUGUCUGUGAGCGAGGAGCCCCCCGUGGAAGCGGCCAAGGACGCCCUGGGCAGCAGGCAGGGCGGGGCUCCGGGCGCGGGGCAGGCGGAGGCGGCCCGCCUCUCAGUCCAGGAGCCCGCGGUGGACGCGGCUGGGGACGCCCGGGAGAAGCCGAAGCUGCCGCUGGAGCUGGAGGAGCUGGAGCAGGCGCAGAUCAAGGGCCCCGUGGGCGUGCCCGCAGGGGGGGGCACCAAGGAGAAGCAGGAGGCAGCCCAGGUGGACCGCCCAGGCCAAGGUAUUGCAGUCCCCAUGGGCGAGGCCCAUCGCCACGAGCCCCCCGUCCCUCAUGACCAGGUGGUGGUCGACGAAGGUCAGGAUGGAGAAAGGCCAGAGGAGAACCAGCUUCCUUCCAGGCACACUGGUGGAGAGGCCCCCGGGGCCGAGGGGCAGAGGGUGCUGCCUCCGCCCGAGUCACAGAGAGGAGAGCGGGAGCCAGAGCCGGGGGAGGCCGGGCAGAGAGCCGAGCAGGCCCCGGCCUUGGAGCAGGCGGGGGACCUUCCUCCAGAUGCCCAGCAGAUGGCGGAAGCGGACGGUCAGCCCAAGAAGGACGUCCCCAGGCUAGGCGACAGGGCCACGCCGGCUGGCGACGCGGAGGAGCCCGCCCACAAUGCCCCGGGGGACGCGCGGAAGCCCACGCAGGAGGACCCCGAGGCGGGGCCCGGUGGAAAGGUCCCCCUGCCGGCGGAGAGGCCCGCGCAGCCCCAGCCCGGCGGAGAGCAGGGCGGCAGCAAGCUGGAAGAGGCCGGCAGAGCGGAGAUGCUGGACCACGCGGUCCUGCUGCAGGUGAUCAAAGAGCAGCAAGUGCAGCAGAAGCGCCUCCUGGACCAGCAGGAGAAGCUGCUGGCCGUGAUCGAGGAGCAGCACAAGGAGAUCCGCCAGCAGAGGCAGGACGAGGAGGAGGACAAGCCCAGGCCGGCAGACCUGCAGCUGGAGCCCGGGGCAGCCGUGCCCAGAGGACAGGAGGUCCAGGAGGGGCCUGCGAGGGAGAGGGCGGAGGCCGCCUCUCCGCAGCCUUUGCAGCCGAUGCUUGGAGCUCCUGGGGGUCGCCCCACGCCACCCCACGCGCUGGGCCCGCGUUCCAUGGUGGAGGAGCCUCCUGGUGGAGGCUCUGAUCCCGAGCCCCAGGCAGCCCAGGCCAGGCCGCGAGACCAGAAGGAUGCUGUGCCCAAGGUGGCGGUGCCCAGGCCAGACCCUCCCAGGGUGCCCGGGGGCCCGGAACAGCGCCUGGCCGAGGAAGCCCCCCAGCCGGGCCAGCAUGGCCUUGGUGGAGGCUCCCAAGAGAGGAAGCGCUCUGCCAAGGAAGUAGCCGUCGCCGGGGCUGACCCUCAGAGACAGGCCCGCCCACCAGGAGCAGGAGCUGGCGCGCCGGCUGGGGGUCCCCGAGCGGAGCUGUGGCAGCCCAGCCGAGACCGGGCACCUGCCCCUGCCCCGGGCCCAUCCGGCAGACCUGCGGUGGCCCCUGUGCCCCAGGCUGCAGCGGGCCAGCAGGAGCCGCAGGCCAUCUCCAGCAGGGACCAGGAGAGCCACCCCGACGCAAGAAAGGGGGCUCCGGGAGGGGACCUUGCGCCUGCGCCUGGUGAGCGGCCGAGAGCGAGGGCGGACACCGCCGCCCAGGAGCCCGUGCAGAGGCCGGAGCCGGAGCCGGGGCCCAGGCGAGCCGUCGCGGGGGGGCAGCAGCCAGACAAAGCGAAACCCAACCGGGACCUCAAGGUGCAGGCUGGCGCCGACCUCCGGAGACGGCGGCGGGACGUGGCCUCCGGCCCCGCGGGGGAGCCAGCCCCCAAGGACGGGGUCAUCAUCAGCUUUAACCCCCUGCCCGACGUCCAGGUGAACGACCUCCGCAGCGCCCUGGACACCCAGCUCCGCCAGGCCGCAGGCGCCGCGCUGCAAGUGGUCCACAGCCGGCAGAUGAAGCAGCUGCCCGGGGCCGUGGAGGAGGCCUGAGCGCCGCCUCACGGGGGGUGCUGAGGCCCACCGC